AUGCCUGAUGUUCAAUGUUGUAAAUGUGGGAAGUGGAAAAAUAAACAAUGUACUAGAGAUAUUUCAUCCGACAGUUACGAAUGGAUAAGAGAAAAGUUAAAUAUCACAAACACAUCAGUUUUGAAUUAUUAUAUAUGUUCCACAUGCGAACGUGAUACUCGUCGAAAAUCGACAAUCGUAGUGGAUGCUAGUAACAGUACGUCUGAUUUUGAAAUACAAUUAGAAGAAUAUUUGUUUAUGAAAGAUUGUCAUCAUCGUUGUUGUAUUUGUGGAGUGAUUUUAACAUCCUCAUCUGUAGUAAUUCCAUCAUCGGCUAGAAUUGAUUUACUUGUUGAUCAUCAUUUAUAUGUUAAUUAUGAUACAAGAGUAUGUGAUAAACAUUUAUGUAAAAAUAGAUUAUCAACAAAUAUUAGUAUUAACAAAAAAACAUGUGAUCCAUUAUCAUUAGAUGGUGGUAAUUUAAAAUCUCUUAUAUUAGAUUUAAUCUCAAAUAUUCGAGAGGUGAGAACUAAAGUCGAGGCGAGGAAAGAGGAUUUUGUGUGUUUUUGA